AUGGACUCACUUCAUACCUCAAAGCCUCAUGUUGUGUGUGUACCAUUCCCAGCUCAGGGCCAUGUAAAUCCCUUUAUGCAAUUUGCCAAACUCCUCCAUUGCUUGGGUUUCCACAUAACCUUUGUGAACACUGAGUUCAACCAUAACCGUUUUGUUAGGUCCCAUGGAGCAGACUUUGUUAAGGGUCUCCCAGAUUUCAUAUUUGAGACCAUACCCGAUGGAUUGCCACCUUCGGAUAAGGACGCAACUCAGGAUGUUCCAUUACUCUGUGAUUCAACCAGAAAAAAAUGUUAUGGCCCUUUCAAAGAGUUGGUGAUAAAGCUGAAUUCUUCAGAUGACGUGCCUCCAAUUAGUUGCAUAGUUGCUGAUGGGACUUUGGGCUUUGCUGGCAGAGUUGCAAAAGAUUUUGGCAUACCAGAUGUUCAACUUUGGACAGCCUCAGCAUGUGGUUUUCUUGGCUAUUUGCAAUUUGAUGAUCUGGUUAAAAGAGGCAUCCUUCCGUUCAAAGUUGUAAGAAGGUGCCAAGUAGUUUCGUGA